GCUUUAUGUGACAAUUCAGAUUUGCAUUUCGAUAUCGUAAAGACAUCUAUAAACACAUAGAUAUGAUUACUGAGUUUCUUUGGGAGCUGUUUCAUCGUCUACAAACACUGACAUGGCCGACUGUGAUUCUCACAGUUAUCACWGGUUUUGUUGCUUGGUUUGUUUAUCAAAUCGUCCAAGAAAAGCUUUCUCCUUUGCGUAAGAUUCCUUCUCCUCCUGGCCGUCUUCCUUUCUUUGGGCAUCUUUUUUCAUUGUGGAAACAUGGUGGUCUACAUAUGGGCCUCAGGGAAUGGGAAGGUCGCUAUGGACCUAUCAUUGCGUUUGGACCUGGAUUUGGUCGACGAAGCGAACGUGUCGUCAUCUACGACAAAGACCUUAUCAGGCAGGUUAUGAUAUCAGAGAGCCACAAAUAUCGCAGACCAGAAAUCGUCAAAGAUAUCAUACCUGGUGUUGGUAAUGGUUURUUUGCAUCAAGUGGAAAAGUGCAUGCCAAACAGCGGAAGAUGAUCAACCCUGCUUUCAGUUUAACAAAUUUGAAAACAUUUGUGCCCGCAUUUGUUGAGUCAGCGGAAGAACUGGUGGAGCUUUGGACUCGUAAAAUCCAGAAUUCAUCGACUGUGGACGUUGGUGACGAUAUCUGCCAUCUUACUCUUGACAUCAUUGGUAAAACCUCGUUUGGCUAUGGCUUUAAUACAGUUUUGGGAAAAGAAACGGAGGUUUCGACAGCUUUCAAUACGUUGCUCAAUGGUGCUGAGUUCGGUUACGUAGUUCGUUCCAGAAUGAUUCCAUUCUAUAGAUAUUUGCCAUUUUCUGACAACCUCGCCAUCAAGAAGUCAAUUAGUCUUGUGAACAGUACUGUUUUUAAGGUUAUUAAUGAAAGGCGCAUGCUCCGAGAGCAAGGUAAAGCAGCUGACCACAAGGACCUUCUUAACUUGUUGCUUGAAAUGUAUGAUGAAGAGACUGGCGCUGGUUUUGAUGACGAAGAACUGCGGGCUCAAGUCUUUACGUUCAUGCUAGCGGGACACGAAACAACGAGUACAUCAUUGUCAUGGACGCUGUAUGAGUUGGCUAAAAAUCCUGAAAUACAGGACAAAAUACGACAAGAAAUCAAGGGUGUUCUUAAAGAGGGAGAGGAACUGACCUGGACCAAGCUAGAUCAGCUUGAAUACCUUGGUUGUAUGAUCAAAGAGUCUCUGCGUCUUCAUGGACCUGCUUCCUUUGUUGGCAGGGAAACCAAUCAGACCGUACAUAUUGGUGGCUAUGAGAUACCGAAAAACACAUUUGUUACAGUUCCAAUCGAUGCUCUUCACUUGUCACCUGACCUUUGGGAAAACCCUUUGGACUUCAUUCCUGAAAGGUUUAUGAAAACAAACGCGUCUCCAAUGAACCAAUAUCCCUUUCUGCCUUUUUCGUUUGGUCCUCGUAUUUGUAUCGGUUACAAGUUCGCCAUGGCAGAGAUGAAGACCAUAGUACUUACUUUGAUGAAGAACUUCAAGCUCACCGCUGUUCCUGGAUUCAAAGUGAAAAGUUUUAUGAAGCUCACGACCAAGCCAGAUCCCAGUGUAAAAGUUCAAAUAUCUUUGUUGCAUUGAAACACAGCAACUAUUGAAUGCCUUCAUCAACAAAUGGAUAUUCUCUGAUUCUUACAAUUUUGAACUUCAACAUAUUUGAAUGUUCAAUUUAUGAGUAAAUUGCCAUUUUCAUUGCCCAGAAAAAAAGUUUGAUAAUUUAGCUUAUUUAAUUAAUUUGAAGGUUUUGUGACUGGACAGUCUCUUGUAUCUGUUGAACAUUCUUUUGUUUCAAUGUCAUGAAGUCCUUGUAAGGGGAUUUUGAAGUACGCACUUUCAACAUGGUGCUCCACCACCUUUAGAGAUGAUGCGAUAAUCAGCAAUGCAUUUCGGUAUAAACCCAAAUUAUUGGGGGGCCAGUGCCCCCCCCCCCCCCCCUGGUUCCGCCGUCUAUGGUUGGUGAGCGCAGCGUACGGCCUUUGAGUGUUCAACUUUUUUUGAGACUUCUUUUCUUUGCGGGGUUUUUUGUGUGUGUUCGUCAAAAUGUUGAAUAAUAUACUAUUUUUCUUGUUUCAUGUGAUCAAACUUUAAAAUAAUUAAAAAAUUCCAAGCUAUGGAUGUUCGGUUGAAUGUCGAUGAACUCCUUYAAAUCUCUAAAAGACUGAAUGAAGCGAAAACGUUUUUGUCUGUAACGGCUGGGACCAAGGUCGUUCAAGGUCAUUGGUCCCGGGUUUCAUCAUAUACACUUUAUUGAAUCACGUUAAGACUGUAGAUUGAACGUGACUAUAAAAUGGAUGCAUUCGAAUACAAUAAAAUGUGAAAAAGAAGAA